AUGGUCGGCGGGGCGGAUGCGCCAAACAGGAAGAUCAGCAUCCGGAAUGAUUCAAAUACCCGCGCUGUAGCCGCUACAAAGAAGGGACGGAGUCAACUCGAUCAGCUCGGUAUCCAGGAGCGUACUGUCAAACGUGGCCUGACUGUUGCGUACAGCGGUCGGUCUAUUGGAUCCGCAAAGUGCGCAGGUCUAGUUCCUGUUAUUUCGGACAUGGCCGCUUCCGCGAUUUCUGAAUCAUGCCAGGAUGCUGCUACUCCGGACAUCUUCGCCUCAUCCAGUUCCCCAGCUAAGUCUCUAUUGUUUGGUCACACAAACAAACGCCAGCAUUCUAGCUCUCCACUCUCAUCGCUUCUUUCGCCUGUGCUGCCAGCAUCAACGUCAGAAGCGCGUCGGUGUGAGAGGAAGGCAAGGGCAAACUUCUUGGAAGCCCAGAAGGAAAUGCUAGAAGGUGACAUCCUGCGCAAGCGCAAGAAGAUGGAGCGCUUGGAAGAUGUCGUAGCGUGCAGGCAGAGGAGGUUGGAGCGUAUUAACGAGAGGAUGAGGGUGUUGUCUGAGGCUUCCGAAGACAGUGCGAUGGAGGAUUCUUCGGAUGACGAUGACUACUAG